UUGCGGCCCAUUCAUUCGGCGCCUAAGUGUAAGCGCAGUGUGUGUUGUAGGAGACAAGAAGAACCAUGGUAGAGAAAGAAGAGGCGGUGAUUAGCGAAGAAGAGGCUGCUCAAUAUGACCGUCAGAUUCGACUCUGGGGGCUGGAGGCGCAAAGGAGGCUCCGUACGUCCAAGGUUCUUCUAGUCGGGAUGAGAGGCCUAGGAGCGGAAGUAGCCAAAAAUCUUAUUUUGGCUGGUGUGAAGGGACUGACCAUGAUGGAUCACCAACAGGUUUGUCUAACCUGCUGUCCACGUGACGUUUUGGUGAAAGUAGAUCAGAUCUGUCACAAGCAGGGCAUCAAAUUCUUUACUGGUGACAUCUUCGGCUACCACGGAUACAUGUUUGCUGACCUGGGCGAGCACGAAUUUGUAGAAGAGAAGACAAAGAUUGCCAAAGCCAAUCAGGAGGUAGAGGAUGGUCCGGAAGCUAAAAAGGCAAAACUCGACUCAACAGAAACCACUAUGGUGAAGAAGAAAGUACAGUUCUGUCAGCUGAAGGCGGCCCUGGAAAUUGACUGGACCAGCGAGAAAGCAAAAUCUUCUCUAAAAAAGACGCCCAGUGAUUUCUUCCUUAUGCAAGUUAUUAUGAAAUUCCGUACAGACAAGGGACGAGAGCCCCAGCCAAACGCCUAUAGGGAAGAUUCAGAGCUGCUGCUUCAGAUCCGAAACGACUUGCUGGACUCUUUGGGGGUCAGUCCAGACCUCUUGCCAGAUGAUUUUGCAAGCUACUGCUUCUCUGAGAUGGCUCCUGUCUGCGCAGUGGUAGGAGGAGUCCUUGGUCAGGAGAUAGUUAAGGCACUCUCCCAAAGAGACGCACCACACAAUAAUUUCUUUUUCUUUGACGGAAUUAAAAGCAAUGGCAUUGUUGACUGUUUGGGUUCCAAAUAAUUAGAGGUUACAGACGCCGAAUGGUCAAUGAGAGAAGGCACACCUUCGUGUCCGGAUCUACGCCACACACCAUCAUUUAUCUCUGUUUCCCUCACAACACAUCUCUUGCAGUCCUGUAUUACAUUGUUUCUCAACCACGGUCCUUAAGUAGCCCCCAACAGGCCAGGUUUUCAUUUAUAGUGUACAGGUGAAAUAAUCAGCUGAUAGGUCAGAGCAAGUUAGUAACCAUGGUUACUGAUCAGCUGAUUACUUCACCUUUGCACUGGUUCAGCUAUGAUGAAAAUCUGGUCUGUUGUGGGUUACCUGAGGACCGCGGUUGUGAAACACUGCUGUAUUAUACUAAUAAAUAUCUCCCUAGACAAUAUUAAUGGGUUUUUUUUUUUUUUUUUUUUUUUUUUUUAAAUGUUUUUGUAAAGAAAAAGGCAAUUUGCAAUUAAACGAUUGUCCUAAAUAUUUUGCUGACAUGGGACUGUCCCACUAACCUUAAACAUCCUAAGCUCCCUAUUGUUAUGGAUGAUAGAAAUCAAGAAUGCAAAAUACUAUUAACUCUGUACUGUGUAAGAUUUGUUCAGUAAAAUGAGUUAUUGUUGACUAUGUCGUCUUCUAGGACAUUUGGUUAAAAAAAAAACAAUGUUUAAUCCCAUUUGACCUGUAGGGAAUUUAAAGGAAUAUGAAACUCAUAUUUUGUUCUUUCAGGUCUCAGACACAGCAUGCAAUUGUAAGCAACUUUCCAAUUUAUUCUCUUGGAAUCUUUAUUUGAAAAAGCAGGAAUGUAAGCUUAGGAGCCUGCCUGUUUAUGGUUCAGCACCUGGGUAGCGGUUGCUGAUUGGUUUCUAAAUGUAGCGCUACCCAGGUGCUGAACCAAAAAUGGGCCGGCUCCAAAGCUUACAUUCCUGCUUUAUCAAAUAAAGAUAGCAAGAGAAUGAAGAAAAAUUGAUACUAGGAGUAAAUUAGAAAGUUGCUUAAAAUUGCCUGCUCUAUCUGAAUCAUAAAAUAAAAAAUAUGGGUUUUAAAGUUGCAAAAAAAAACAGAUUAAAAAAAAGUAUUCCCCUCCCGAUUGAUCAAAUUUGCUAUUUCUAGGGUUAAUGUACUUAUUAAUUUUAGAAUCAAUUUAUCAGGAAAAAUUAAAUAAUGGCAAACUGCGUUACGAAUUUGUCAGCACAAAUGAGUUUCUCCUUUUUUUUUUUUUUUUAAUAUAUAUUUUUGUAACUUUAAUAGAAACACUGGUAGCUCAAAGAGGAGAUCUCAGUUGUAUGUUUGAUAAAAUAUGAUUCUGGAUUUUCUAAAAUGUUAAUGUUAUCUGCAAUUGUUUUGUAUUUGUUUUUUUGCAAUAAAAAAUUGCUGUUUGUA